AUGCAAUCCUACCCAUCUCCAACCGCGCUCGCCGCCGAUCAAGGCCAUCCAUUCUAUGCCUCGAAUCAAUCUCUCCCCGUCUCUGCCGCAGAGGAGCUUCAGCUCAGCGCGCAAAUAUCGCGUAAUCUUGCGCCUAUGAUGCACGCAGGUCCUGGAGGGCCUCUGGCUGAAGCUCAAGGUUCAAGACCUCAGGAGAAUAUCAAUCACCAAUUCGAGCAUGAGCAAGAUCCGCGCCGCGGAAACCUCCAACCUCUUCAACAUUCACCAAUGGGCCCUAUGGAUCAUCUAGUUCCCCCGGGUCAAUACAGCCCUACGGAUGGGUCGGUGGCACCGAGGAAGCGAUCGAAGGUAUCUAGAGCCUGUGAUGAGUGCCGGCGCAAGAAGAUUCGUUGCGACGCGACGGGUGAGGUUGUCGAUGAGCAAUGUUCCAACUGUAGACGUACCAGUGCGCGUUGUCAGUUCAGCAGAACGCCAAUGAAGAGAGGACCGAGCAAAGGUUAUAUAAAAGAACUUGCCGAACGGUUAAACCAUCUGGAAGGAGCAAUCUCGCAGAAUGAUAUGUCUGCUGUUUCGAAUCAGUUUAUAGGACAUCCAAACGACUCUAUGCGCCGACCGUCAGACGAAUUUUCUCCCCCGCCAAAUGCGGAUGGGGUCCAGAGGAAGAGAACACAUUCUUCAAUGUCUGGCGACUUCAACUCUCCUUACCAGAAUCAACGGCCUCCCAGUUGGGCACAACCUCAACAAGAGCACGCUCGCGGGUUUUCACACCAGUCUCCUGCAUAUGCAACCCCGCAACCCGGUCCAACGUUUCGAGAACCAAAUUACUCCCCGAACGGUCUUGCGCCAACUCCUCAAUGGAGAAAUGCGCCCGACCUCCGACAAAGCAACGCAUUUGAGAAUGUAGUUUCCCUUGAACAAGGUCAGGUCGAUCAGAGUCUUGAAUUGACAGAUACUAUUAUUGAUCAAUACUACAAUACCAUUCACCCUACUUAUCCUAUCCUAUCUUCAUCCCAUAACAGAGUCAGAGCUAGACUUUCGAACUGCCCACUUCCUUUGAAGCACGCAUUUCAUGAAGCGUUACAUGCAGCCGUCCUGACUGUUUCAUCGCCUGGGCAUGAUAGUGCAGCCCAACAAGGCAUCCAGAAGGCAACUCAGCUUGUCGCUUCAUUCCAAUUCGAAAAUGCUGCUGCACGUCCUGCUUCUACAAAUUUAAUCCUCCUUCAGACAAUGAUGCUUUUGGCGGUAGAAGCCGAGACUCAUGUAACAAAUGAACACUCUGGUCCGUCUCGAUCCGUCUGGUUGGGUAGUGCUGUUGGACUUGCAUAUUCCCUAAAGUUGCACGUUCAGAAGCGACCUGAAGACAUGGUUGAAACUGAUCCUGAUUUGGACGACAAGAUUGGCAGGAGAAUAUGGUUGAGCUUGGUCAUCGUGGACAGAUGGCACGCCUCGAGCACGUCCAGUCCUGCCUUGAUUCCUGACCUAAGUGUGGUUAUUUACCUCGAAGAUCAAGUUCUGUUGGGAGAGGCGUUUUACCAACUAGCCCGUCUUUCCGUGAUUCUUGGCCACUUUGCGGGAGCUGCCCUUGUAUUCAGCGACCUGGCAGCCCCCACCGACCCAACUAUACGAUUGGCAGGCACACUUCUCCGAGGCGAGAUGGAAAGAUGGCGCGAGUCUUUUCCACAAACUUCCUUCCCGCCAUCCAAUUUACCACUGGUCCAUAUCACCUAUUUGCACCUUCGAAUCCUAAUGGAGCUUCAUCAUCCUGAUUCCGAACCAUCUGGGCUUUUAGCAGCAGCGUCAAACAUCGUCGCCCAACUAGCCCACAACUCGGAUCUCAUUAGCCCAAUCACCUAUCAAUGCACAGCUAUUGCAGCAUUGGUCCUCAUCGAGCUUGCUGGCCACGAGAGUACCCGAGAGGAAGCUGAAAGUAACUUGAUGGUUCUGUCGCAAAACCGCAUCGCACAUUCGGCUUGGGACCAGACCAUCCGGGACCUGAUCAACAAGAAACAAUCCGCCGUCGUCGUUCCGAACGCGCCUCUGACUGCCAGUCAGAAUCUCCAGCAGCUUGCCGAGCUAGCGACUGCUACUGGCGAAGGUCGCGAUUCUGCUGUCAGCAAGGAAGGCGAGAAAUCAGCCACCGCAAUAUACAAAGAGCUGCGCGGAGCCAUCCGGACUGGAUACCUCAAUUACAUUCUUGGCGUCGAAAGCGGCCUCUAA